AUGACAGUCGACGCCUGUGUAGCAGGUAUUACCUCAGCAGGAGGCUCACCUCCCCUGCAAGAUCGUAUCUAUGACUGCGAAGAAUUCGACGUGGUCACAGUUAGUCCGUACAGCGUUGUUGUUACAACCGUUAAAAAGCGAUGUAAGUACCGCAUCCCUACCGGUUGGCCCACUGCAAGGCCUACAAACAGACAGCUCAUCCGCCGUCAAGAUCCCGAUGCGACUGCUAUCUUUCCCAGCGAGGCGCCUGCUUAUGUUACUUAUUGUAACUCGGCUGAGGAGUAUCAUGGUGCUUGUUCUCGCGCUGGCGUUACUGCUGUGACCACUAAUCUGACAACACCUACCGAAACGGAAACUAGUGAAGAGGGUGCGUGUCGUGCUGCGUCGCUGGUUAAGAGGGCUGGUGAAGGUGUGGGAUAUCGAUUUGAGGAUGAUUGGGAUGUCAUCCGCAUGCCGGGGUGGAGGUACUUUUGA